AUGGAAAUUGAUUUCCCACGUGAAGUCUUAUCUGUAGGCAGAAAACGUCGGGGGAUAUGCCCAGAUGAUGAUGAGGCAACAGACGUUAAGCAGCGAUCAAUAAAAAGUGAACCGAAGUGUGAAUAUGAUGGUGUAUGGAAUCAGCGUAUAACCCCGAAUUUUCUCACUGAAGGAGUGCUUGGAUUGGGUGUAAUUAUGAAAAUAAAAGGGACAGAAAUACUGCUGGAAUGCUCAGAUGGUGUAAUUGUCAAAGCACCUGUUCAGAAUUUCGGUAACUUAAUGAUGGAAACAUUAAAAAAUUCGUCUCUUACACUCGAAGAUAUCUUCAAAGUUGGUCAAAUGUUGGCAUUUAAAGUCAUCAAAGCCAGAGAGAUUAAUGAGGUUCAGAAAAAAGGGAAAAAGGUUUCAUACCCUGUUGUCAGUUGUGAUCCAUUAGUUGUCAAUUUUCAUCUCAAUCCUGGUGCUUUAAUCAAUGGUCUUGUGCUUAAUGGUAUUGUGGAAAGUGUAGAAGAUAAAGGUGUUAUUAUUAAUCUUGGAUUGCAGUCGGUUGAAUUAAAAGGAUUUCUAGCAGAAAAACAUUUACCACCUACUUUUGAAAGAGAAAGUUUAGUAAAAGGACAACCUCUAUUAUUUCGAAUACAGAAUGAAAACUCAUCAAAUAAAAAAACACGAGUCAUCAGCUUAUCUAUGGUCCCUGAAAUGGAAUGCUUAAGUGACGCUGCUAUUAAAAAGCUUAAACUUAACGAUUUAAUGCCAGGAACUUUACUUUUAGUAAAUCCAUUGCAGCCAACUGCUACCGGUGUUUAUGUCAACAUUGGGAAUGACAUAAAGGGAUAUGUGAGCAGGCAACAUUUACCACCGAGAUAUCGCAACGACCCAUUCCAAUGUUUGAAGUCUUUUAAAACAAUUGUGAUGUUUUGCCAACAAAAUAGCAAUUUGUUAGCAUUGAAUGGACACCCAGAUAUUGUUGCUGCUAGUAAGUUUGCAAAACGAACUAAUUUUGAGAAUAUUCACAUUGGCGAUAUUAUUGACUGCAAAGUAAGCAGUGUGGAUAAGAAUGGAAAUGUCAAUUUUGAUGUGUCACUGCAUGAAAAUGAAAAAAAUUCAUUGGUUGCAGCGUUUGCGAGGAAAACUGAACUAGAAGAUCGUGUUGAAUACAGGAAGGGGACAAUACAUCAAGCACGUGUGCUAUCAUUUAAAAUGAUUGAAAAAAUAUUAAUGGUCGCGACACGGAAAGAUAUCUUAGCACAAAGAAUGGUCUGCAUAAAAGAUGCUGUUCCUGGUGAAAAAGUCAACGCAAAAGUGGAAUCUGUACUAGCUAAAGGAUUGUUUGUCAAAAUAUAUAAUUCGAUCCCGGGAUUUAUACCCAAAAUUCAUCUUUCUGACAAGUUGAUCACACGAAUUGACAAACAUUUUGUCGUCGGUGACGAGCUGAAUUGUCGUAUUUUGAGUGUGAAUAGACUGAGAGAACGACUUAUUCUGACAAAUAAGCAAUCCCUUAUAAAAAACAAAGACACAAUCAUCAAGAGUUAUGCGGAAGUUACAACUAAUACGAUAUCCACUGGUUAUAUCAUCUCUCAACACCCAAGUGGUGGGCUGAUCAUAGGUUUUUAUGGUGGAACUCGUGCAUUUAUGUUUCCAAAAGAAACGGAACGAUUAGGAAGCAACAUAAAAAUUGGUCUCACAAUCCGUAUUCGAGUAAUCAGUGUUGAUCCGCAACGUGAACGUAUGUUAGUUGCAGUAGCGAAUACGGCUAGCGGUGGAGUUGCGAUAGCGAAGGCUCAGCCAUUUGUGAUCGAUGAAGGGAAUCCUGUUUCUUUUUCGGCAAUUGUUAUGAGCGUUUCGUCAAAUGACGAUAAGUUAAAACAGAACGAGAUUUUGAACGUUGCUGUCCGACUAGGAAAGAAAUUGGGUGGAAAAGUGAAAGCAUUCAUUCCGAAAGAACUAUUGAGUGAUUAUCUUGAUUUACCAUUUUCUUCACUGAGCGAAAGCAUUGCACUUGGAAGUGUACUACCAAAGGUUGCAGUGCUGGGUUCUGUUGCCGGAAAUCUCAAGGCGACGAGUAAACGUUUCCUGAUCAAUUGGUUAGAAAAACAUCCACGUAUUACUGGUAUUCAAAGUCUUACGAAAGGAGAGCUUGUUUGUGGUAACAUUAUCCAGAAGCAUCAGGAAAUGGGAUAUUUUGUUGAAUUGGCGGGUGGCUCAGCUCUUACAGCCCCAGCACGCUUUAUACGUCCUUUGGCAUUGUCAGUGUCAAUGCAAGAACUUCAAAUAGGACAGACGGUUGUGGCACGAGUAUCAUCAGUAGAUCUGGAAAGGAAGCGAUUUGCUUUAAUCUUGGAUACACAUCUCUGUGUACCACAUGGCGCAGAACCUGAUUAUUUUGCACCAUCUAUGGUACAUUAUGCUUUGGAGGAACUGAAUUGGUAUAUAGCAAACAAUCCAAACAUUUCGCAAGUACCGAAAAUCGGAGAAUGUAUCGAUGUAAAGCUUAUAGAGGUUUCAGAACGCAGUGUUGUUAUACAGUUAGCUGAUAACUCAAAUUUUAAGGGAGACGCAGUAAAUGGCACCAAUAUUCUACAGAAAAGAAGUUGUGCGAAAGCAUUAGUUUUGGAUAUCAAAUUGCCGGCUUGCGAGUUGGUUCUAUUUCUUCUGAAUGAUGGUAUUCAGCAUUUGAAUGAGAAGAAGCUGCAGUUAUUAGUGGGCAGUAAAAAGGAAAUCGACGUGAAGGUAUGGUUGCACAAAAAAGAAUAUGCAGUUGCGACAGUAGAAAGUGAAAAAUCGGCUUUUGUGGUUUGUAUCCCAAUGAGAAUACAUCCGAAUGUGAAUAUUAUUUCUGUAAAAUUGGAUGAAAAUGACAAUCAAUGUACGAUCACACCCAAGCUCGUUACUGGCAAUGUCAUGAUUGGAACUGCAAUGGAAACAUUGAAGAAAUACAAACUGACUCAUAAGAAAUUUAAAACACCCAUGAAGACAGCAGUAAAGAAAAAAUUGAAGCAGUUUAUGAUUUAUACAGCAAAAGUUAAAGGAAUGUGGUCCAGAGGUGAUUUAUACAACGCUGUUGAAUUAGAGUUGCCAGAUGGCAGUGUUGGACGUUUACAUGCAUCAGAAUUUGAUGAAAGCUUCUUGAACCGUACUUCCCAGCCAGUUCAAAGUUUUUUGAGAGAAAGAAAAAAUAAAACAGUCAAUGUUAAAAUUAUGUGUUUCGCGAAGUUGAAACAAAAAAUUGCGAAAUUGGAUACUCCUAAACCAAAAGGAAUGGAUGCGCAAAAGGUCGAAAAAAUAGUUGUUAUAACACGUUUGGCUGAAUGUACGAUGAAAACUUGGAAACUGAAUGAGACGAAGAGAAAGCAGUCAUUGUUGGGAUAUCCACAAAGUUAUGCACAUGGAUCGUUAAUUCCUGUUUUUGUAUGUGAGAGACCUCAUGUAGGAGUGGUCAGAGUGGAAGUUAGUCCGCUUUGGAAUGGUGUCAUUCGGAAGCAAAAUUUAUAUGAUGAAAAUCUGAUAACUAACCCAACAAAUGAGGCGUCAGCGUUAGUGGAUAUCGAUUUUGAACCCGGUGAAAAAUUAAUUGCACAAAUUAUCGGCGUAAAUGUUUACAAGAAUGGACGUGGCAAGUCGAGGCAUCGAAAAUGUUUGGAAAUGACUUUAAAAGAAACGCGAAAGACAUUCGAGCAUGGUGACCGUGUAACGGGACGAGUUGUCGGUAUUGCACAGUCACCAAGUAGUGUUACAUUGGAACUUACUAAUAAUCAGCGAGCUAUUCUUACUUUAACUAGUAUUACUGAUAAUUAUCUGAAAGCACAUGAAGCUGUAAAGAGGUACGAAUUAAAUCAGAUUUAUAAUGUACAACUUUUGCGUUUUGACAGCGAUAAGGGUGGAUGGCUUGCUGUCACAGAGUCACGCUAUAAUUUUUCGAAAAAGCCGGAAAAUACACUGUAUCUAAAUGAAACUGAUAUUGAGAUCGGUUCAAAGCUACAAGCGUUCGUAACUUCAGCACUUGAUGAUGCUCAUAUCUUUGUUGAAAUCAGUCCUGGUAUUUCUGGUUGCAUCACAAAAUCCCAGAAAUUGCCGUUAAAACCCGAUGAUUUGAUUACAGUUCGUAUUAGUCAUGUCUUUCCGGAUGGUGGCUUGAAAGUAGAAUUUGUUGAUUUAAUUGCGGAAGGUUCCAUAGAGAAAAGACCACGGAAGAGGCAGAUAAGUGUUGGAUCUGGUUCUGAUAUCACAGUCGAUUUAACGCGAAAGAAAUCGAGAGCAGCUGGUUAUGUGGCAACACAUUCGAAAGAAAAUGAACCUCCUCAAGUUACUCUUGUUGAAGCAAAAUUACCCGAACCAGGAUUCGACUGGUCUCUAAAAGGAUUUACACCAGCUGAAUUUGCAUCAGUAGGACAAAUUGGUGAGAAGAUGAAUGCUCCUGUUAGUACUUUAAUAGCGAAAGAUGAAUCCAUCGCCGAUAAUAUUGAUGAACGAAGCAAGCCAAAAACUAAAGAGGAGCUUCAAAUAGAAGAAGAAAAAAAAUUAGUAAAUCGUGAGCGUAAAAUUCUCGAGACGAAUUGGAUCCCAGAUAACACGAAUGAUUUUGAUCGCUUAGUUGCUGGUACACCGAAUUCUUCGAUCUUAUGGAUCCGGUAUAUUACAUUCUUUCUGGAACGAAAUAAUGUGGAAGAAGCAAGAGCAAUUGCAGAGCGAGCACUUUCAGUCAUUAAUUUCAGAGAAGAAGAUGAAAUCUUCAAUGUGUGGACAGCAUAUCUCAAUUUGGAGGGAAAUUUCGGUACUAGCGAAUCGUUAAAGGCAGUUUUUGAUAAUGCUAUCAAAAAUACUGAUGCCUUGAAAAUGUAUAAGCAAAUGGUGAAAAUAUAUCAAAAUCUCGGAAAAAAGCAGGAAACGGAUGAUUUAUUGGACGAAAUGUUAAAACGGUUCCGUCACGAUGACUUAGAUGUUUGGUUCAUUUAUGGCCAACAUUUGCUGGAAACAAAGCGCCCAGAAAUAGCAAGGAAUUUAAUGAAGAAAGCGAUCAAUUGUUUACCUCGAAAACACCACAUAACUAUUUUGAGCCGUUUUGCGCAACUUGAAUUCAAAUACGGUGAUAUGGAACAAAGUAAAACAAUAUUUGAAAAUAUUUUAAAUUCAUAUCCGAAGAAAACAGAUAUCUGGACAGUUUAUAUUGAUCUGCUCAUUAAGGCUAAAAAAAUUGAUGAUGCAAGGCAACUACUUGAACGAGUCACUGCACUAAAAUUGUCCACUCAUAAAAUUCGAUUGUUUUUCAAAAAAUGGGUCGAUCUGGAGCAAAGGCACGGUGAUGAGAAACAGCAGAAUAAUGCUAGAGAGCGCGCUUUGCAGUAUUUACAGGGGAUUGCUGAACUUACCACUGAAACAUAA